UUGAAUAUAGUUCUCCUACGGCUCUUUUAAAUUAUAAUAAUUGUACACCUUUAUAUAGGAAUAAAACUGAUAAUAAUAUAAAUAAUGUAAAUCAUUUAAAUAAUAAAGAAACAUCAUGUAGUGCUAAUAAUACGUUCCCUUGUAAUAAUGAGGAAUUUUUUGAAAUGAUUAAAAAAAACAUUAAGAAAAAUAAAAAUGAAUAUCAUUUGUUGAAUAUAUAUUGUAAAGAAUUAAUGUAUAGAAUUAAUGAUUCCAAUAUUAGUGCACAUAUUAUUACAAAAAUAUUUUCAUUAUUAUCAUAUACAGAUUAUAAAAAUGAUUAUAGAAUAAGCGAAAUUUUAAAUCGUUGUAUUUUAAGAUUAAACGAGUUUGAUCUUAUUCAUUUAUGUUCUUUGGUCAUAUCAUUAAGUAAGAUGAAUUUUAAGAGUGUGUAUUUUAUGGAACAAGUACAAAAUAAAUUUUUGAGAGAAGGGCAGAAUUAUUUUGAAAAACAUUCACCACAUUAUAUAUGUUUGUUUAUAAAUAGUUGGGUCAAAUUAAAUUGUAUCAAAAAAAAAAAAAAGAAUUAUAUAAAAGAUGAUCAAAAGGAUCAUCAAAAUAAUACAAUUGAUCAUAUAAAUAAUAACCAUAUUAAUUAUUUAUCUCAUAAUCAUAAUGAGGAGACCAUCAAAAACAUUCAAAUUAUAAACUUCCUAUUAACCAAGAUAAGUCACAAAAAUGUAGAAGAAUAUAGUUUAAUAGGAAUAAGUUUAUUAUUAUAUAAUAUAUCUAUCCUUAAAUUACACAAGUACUAUUAUUUAUUUUAUUUAUUUGAAAAUCAUAUAAUAAAGACAAAAAAUCACUUGAACGUCAUACAAAUAGUUAAUAUAUUAACAGCUUAUAAAAAUGUAUGUUUAUUAAAAGGCACCUUAUUAAUAGAAUUGUUAGAAUGUGUAAAUGAACAAACUGAAUCUUGUUAUUUUCAUCAUUUAGUAAGGAUGUUGGAUGUGUGUUUUUAUUUUGUGGCUAACCAUAAUAAAGAUAUUAACCAUAUGAAUAGUAAAGAUAUUAAAGAUAUCCAUAAAAACAAUAUUGUUGAUACCCAUAAAAACAAUAUUGUUGAUACCCAUAAAAACAAUAUUGUUGAUACCCAUAAAAACAAUAUUGUUGAUACCCAUAAUAAUAUAUCUUCUUACGAAUUGCAACAUACUUGCCAUUUCAUUUCCAUUUUAUUUAAUCAACUUAUUAAAAACACAAAGCACUGUAAAAAAAAAGAUGUCAUAUUAUUAUGUGGAACCUUAUCAAAAUACAAAAAAUGGAUAGAUAAAAAUUUUAGAAACAGUUCUUCACCCCUUUCAUCAAUAAAUAUGAAUUUGUUAUUUUAUAUAAUUCGGAAUAAUGCAAAAAAUUUUAUAAACAUGUAUAGUCAUGUGGAAUUAUCUAUUUUAUUAUAUUGUUAUUCGCUUUAUGAAAUUAAAGAUAUAUAUUUAUUUCAUAAAAUAAAAUUAAGAUGUUUAAAAAUAUUUAACACUUUUAACGAAAUAACAUUUUCCUAUUUAUUUAAAGCAUUUCAAAAUAUGAAAAUAAAUGAUCUUAUAUUUGAAAAUGCAUGCUUAAAUAAAAUUUUAGAAAUAAAUAAAUUUACCUGUCCAAAAAGUUUAGUCUUUAUACUAUCUGCAUUGUCAUGUUUAUAUAAAGAAAAAAAAAAAAAUUUCCUAAUUAAAGAUAUAUUGGAGGUUCUAUUUAAAAACUUUCAACAUAUUUUUAUUAACAAUUUUUAUGAAAUAAACAAAGAUGGAUAUAUCAUACAAAAUAUAAAUGAUUCAAUACCAUCUUAUUUAUUAUAUAUAGAAGAAGAAAAUAAAGAUAGGCACUCAUUGGAUGAAGAAAAUAAAGAUAGGCACUCAUUGGAUGAAGAAAAUAAAGAUAGGCACUCAUUGGAUGAAGAAAAUAAAGAUAGGCACUCAUUGGAUAUGUGUCAAAAAAAAAAUAAGAAAUUAAUUAAUGGAGAUACAUUAUGUAUGUUAGUAAAGUUAUUUUCAAAAUUCAAAGAAUUCCAUUUAAUUGAUAAAGUAAUAAUUAUAUUAAUUAAUGAAUAUAAAAAUUAUAAAAAUAUUAUAUCAACAUAUAAUUGUAUAUGUUUAUUAAAUUCUUUGGGUAUUCUCUGUGCUCAUAUAGAAAAGGAACAAAGUCAUUUUUUCUGGAGAAAUUAUUAUCUUUUUAUAAAUCACUUAACAAAGAAAAUAUUAUUAAGUGUAGAUUUGCAUGAAAAUAAAAAUUAUCUUAUAAAUUUUUUAAGUGCAGGUGGUAAAAUCUUCCACUCUUAUAUUUCUAUUUUAUAUAUAAUAAAUGAAGAAAAUAAAAAUUUUUCUUUUUAUUUGAAAAAUAUUUUAGAUAUUUUAAUUACACAUUUACAUAAAUAUAUAAAUGAACUCACAUUAGUUGAUAUAGGAAUUAUACUUGAAACAUUUAAUAAAGAAAAUUAUUUACAUAUAUCCAUCUAUAACAUGCCAAAAAAAAAAAAAGAAAAUGAAAAAAAGGAUGAUCAUAUAAAUCUUUCUUUUGUAAAUAAAAUAAUAAAUAGAUUAACUUAUUUAUUAAAUUAUGUAAAUGAAAAGGAUUAUAAAAAUGUUAUAAUUAUUAUGAACAAUAUAAUCAAAAUUAACAGUUUUGAUCAAAAAAUAUAUAAUUUAAUAAUUAAAAAUUAUAUACUUCAAAGUUUUUAUUAUCAAUCUAUACCUAUGUUAUCACAAAGUAUUUAUUAUAUAUGUAUGAGUGUUUUAUUUAGAGAUAUUAUUAUUAACACACAACAAAUAUAUUUAUUAACAUAUUUAUUCAAAAAAUUAUUUCAACAAUUUAUAAAUCAAGACAUAUUUCUUUUUUCUACACAAAAUCAAUGUUUACUUAUAUCAGAUAAAUAUAUUAAUAAAAAUAAAAUUAAUCAUAAUAUUAUUAUUGAUACUAUAUUUAUUAAAUCUUUGAUCUUUUUAUGUCAAUCUAUAUUUAUCAUAUUAUUUCAUAUAUCUAACAUCAAACAAAUCAAUUAUCAAUAUAAAAUCAAAAAUGAAGUUAUUCAAAAUGAAAAUAAUCAAUUAUUAAAUUCUAUAACUUUUUUAAGACUUUAUUUAACAAUUUUUAUGCUUACUCAAAUAUUUAUCCAAGACCCAUAUUAUUUAAAAAAAAUUAAAAAAUUCACAUAUUCAAAUAAUUAUAAUACUAUUACUCAACAAAUACAUAAUACUAUAAAACAUAUACCUAUCAAAACAUACAACACAUCUGUAUUAUUUUAUAAACUACUUCUAAUUACAAAUUGA